AUGACGAAUCCAGAGCUCCGUCGACAAGUCAUCAAUAUUUACAAAGAUACUGCAGAGCUUCUCUACCUCGGGCGAGAAUACCCUCUUGGAUAUGAUUAUUUCAGGCAAAGGCUGCAUAGAGCGUUCUCCGGCCAAGCGCAUCUGGCCGACGAAGAAAAGAUUCGGACAGGGAUAGCGAGGGCACAGUUUGUAAAAAAGGGUAUGAUUGAAGUAUUAUCUGAAGCGGUACCGCACGCUGAAACAGAGGUAUGA